GGCGGUCGUCCAAUUGGAUCUUUGUUUACAUCGCGAAUACUAUAUAAAACACAGAUGCGUUUAAAAAUAAUGUGACAGAAGAGCAGUGGACGCCAAAAACAUUUGAUGUGAUAGUGUUGCAUAGAGUGCACGCGUGUAGGGAAAAUGUUUAAACGCACAUUCAAAGUAGUUUAUCGGCCCAUUAGAAAUAAUUUUCUGCUUUUGCCGGACCAAUACUACGGCGUUGUUUCGACCUAUGACACUGGUUGCUUAAGUUUGCAAUUUAAUGGACGGGCGCACUAUGUAUCAUGGGCACCGCAGGCGGGGGGCGCUGGCGGCAUCAAAGACACAGAAAUUGGGAUCAAUGCCAGAGCGGCCAAGGAGAUGGGUCUGCAUGAGAAUGAUUUGGUCAAGUGUGCCCUCAUCGCUGACGUGAUGAAUCUAAAGAGUGUGCACGUCACGCCUGUUUCAUCCAAAGAUUGGGAGAUUAUUGAACUCAGCACGGAGAAGAUUUCUGGCAGCGUGCUAGAGCAGACGCGCAUUGUCAACUCGUCGCAAAUAUUGCUCGUAUGGAUUAACAAGUCUAUGCAGGUGGCGCUGACAGUGGAUCGUCUAAAGCCACAUAUAAGCUAUGGCCGCAUAGAUCAUAAGACAGAGCUUGUAGUGGCGCCCAAUCUAUAUAAAGGCCUGACCAACGGCAAUGGCCAUGCGGAGCCCGAGGAGAACAACAAGUUGGCGCGCAGCAAAACCAGCGCUCAGGUGCGACAUGAGCCAGUGCAGCCAGCACUUGCGCACUCUGCCACUUUGACCAAUGUCAAAAGCAACUCACAGCAGCGCAACAAGCGUCAGGAUCAUAUGGAGCGUUUGAAAAAGGAUCUACAACGUGAGAGUUCGAGCUGCUUUGAGUUUCGCGUUAUACGCGGCUUGUGGCAGGAAAAGGCACAAGAAUCGGAUGUUUAUAUAACGCCAGCACAUUUGCCAGAGUUUAUGCAACUGGAUCAGUUCUAUUGCAUGCGCACCGCAGCGGACAAGGAGUACUAUGUGCGUGUGCGUUUGGUGACCGAUGAGGAUAAGCAGCUGCCCGCCACCAUACAUCCGUCCAUAGAGCUGAAUGCUAACCUAAUGAAACUGUUGAACAUUAAGGAGCUGGAGCGUGUGGUGCUGCGUCCCAAGACUACUGUGGUCAAUUUUGUGGAAAAGAUAGAGCUCUAUGCGCACAAGAAGACGCACUACAAGAUCAUGGAGAAUGCAUUUAAGCGCUUCGUUAUAGAGAAAACGCAACAGGCGCCCAUGUUGUUCAAUCAGGAGGAGGUGGUGCGGCUGGAGGAUGAGCUGCUGGUCACCGUAGGCAUUUUACCAGAACACUUUCGUUACUGCGUAGUCGAUGCGCAGUUCCUUAAAGAGUCCAAGAUCUAUGCAGCAGACUUGGUGCGUCCAGUGAAUGAAAUUAUUAAGGAGCAACCGCCUGCCAUAGCACCGCUAAGUGUUAAGGAUCUAAUACGCCUGCCCGAGUACGACAAGAUAGUGGAGCAGCUGGUCAGCGAGCUGCGCAUUAAUCUCUGUCUCAACGCCAAGAACUCUGUGCUGCGCCAGAGCAAUGUGGUGUUGACUGGCGCUGCCGGCACAGGCAAGACUGUGCUAGUGGAGCGCAUAUUGGAGCAGCUGUCACGCCAGCCAGAUCACUGCUACUUUGACAUCUUCUACUGCUCGCGCAGCAAGGGACGCAAAACGGAGUCCAUACAAAAGGAUUUGCGCAAUAUUUUCACCAACUGCCUUAUGCAUGCGCCCGCCAUUGUAGUGCUGGAGAAUCUGGAUGUGCUGGCGCAUGCAGCCGGCGAGCAGUCCAGCCAGGAUGGCGAGUACUACAAUCGCAUGGCGGACACUGUGCAUCAGCUCAUCAUGCAGUACACCAGCAACAAUGCCAUUGCAGUCAUUGCCACCGUCAAUGAGCUGCAGCUGCUGAACAAACGUCUCAGCGCGCCACGUGGUCGUCAUGUGUUCCAGACUGUGGCGCGCUUGCCCAGUCUAGAGCGCGCCGAUCGCGAGCUCAUCUUGGGCGAGCUCUGCAGUCACAUUGCCAGCAGGCAACUGGAUCUGACGAAGUUCUCCAAUCUAACCGAAGGUUAUCGCAAAUGCGAUCUGGUGCAGUUUGUAGAGCGCGCUAUCUUCUAUGCCUAUCGCAUAAGCAAAUCACAGCCUGUGCUUACCAAUGAGCAGCUGAUAGAGUCAUUGGAGCAUACCAAUUCCUAUUGCCUGCAAGGCAUACAAAGCAAUCAAAAGACGCGCGCUGAUACAACUGCCAAUGAGCUGCGCCUGGAUGAGCUGCCUGGACUAGAGUCAGUGGUUACCGUGCUGGAGGAGGUGCUCAUGUGGCCUUCUAUGUAUCCGUCGAUAUUCAGCAGCUCGCCGCUGCGUAAUCAAGCUGGAGUGCUGCUCUAUGGUCCCCCAGGCACAGGCAAGACCUAUUUGGUCUCCCAGCUGGCCACCAACUGGAGUCUGCGCAUCAUAUCCGUCAAGGGUCCUGAGCUGCUGGCCAAGUACAUAGGCCAGAGCGAGGAGAAUGUGCGCAAUUUGUUCAAUCGCGCACGCAGCGCCAAGCCCUGUGUGCUCUUCUUCGAUGAGUUUGACAGCUUGGCGCCCAAGCGUGGCCAUGACUCGACUGGCGUAACCGAUCGCGUGGUUAACCAACUGCUCACCGAGCUGGAUGGCGUGGAGGGACUGCAGGGAGUGACGGUGAUAGCAGCCACCUCACGUCCCGAGCUGCUGGAUCCGGCGCUGUUGCGCUCCGGACGCAUAGAUCGUUUGGUGGAGUGUCCGCUACCGGAUGCAGUUGCGCGCGUGCGAAUCUUUGAGGCGCUCAGUGCCACGCUCAAUCUGGACGAGAGCGUAGACUUUGAUUGGUUCGCGGGCAGAACACAUCAUUACACUGGCGCCGAUAUACAAAGCGUGCUGACCUCGGCGAACAUGACGGCGGUUAAGCAGGCGCUGGCACAAUUCGGACCUGAGAAACUGCCAAAGAAAAUUCUUGUCAAGCAGAAGCAUCUGAUUGAAUCCUUUCAAAGCACGCGUCCCUCGCUCAGUCCUGCCGAUGUGUCCAAGUAUCAAAAGACCUAUGCUCGCUUUACGAACAAGGAGAAGAGCUCCAGGGAGUUUGUAGCCAAGCGCGCUACUUUAGCCUAAGGGUUUUUUUUUUUACAGGUUGUUAUGGGCUGCUAAAGCUUAAAGAUACUUUUUUAUAGCAAUGUUGUUACAAUAAAAAUGAAGCGCAAAGUUUUUCAAA